GGCGGCGCAUGCGCGGGGCGGGCGCGGGGCAUGUGGCGCUGGGCGCGGGGCUGCGGGGCGGCCGCUCCUCCCGCCCGGCUGGCGGCGGCGGCCUUGGCGGGGAGCGGCGGCCCCGCCGCUUGGUACGAGCGGCUGGCGCAGGCGGCGCCGGUCCGCUGGGCGGAGGACGGGCUGGCGGCCCUGCAGGAGGCCGCUGGGCUGCCGUGGUGGGCCGCCAUCGUCUGCGGCGCCGCCCUGCUGCGCACCGCCGUCACCCUGCCGCUGGCCGCCCGGCAGGGCCGCCUCCUGGCCGCGUUAGAAAACUUGCAGCCUGAGAUUAAAAAAGCAGCUGAGCGUCUUCGCUAUGAAGUGUCUGUUCGUGGAAAGCAAGUGGGCUGGUCUGAAAAGGUGGCCAGUUUUCACUUCAAGAAAAACCUACGGAGGAUUAUCACGGAGCUGUACAUCCGGGACAACUGCCAUCCCUUCAAAGCCACUCUCCUGGUGUGGGUACAGAUUCCCAUGUGGGUUUGCGUGUCCCUCGCUUUGCGCAACUGCAGCGUUGGUGCCACCUGCUCAGGAGUUCAAGAGCAGUUUUCAGCAGGAGGAGCGUUGUGGUUUACAGACCUCACGGCACCAGAUUCUACCUGGAUUUUGCCAGUUUUGCUUGGGCUGGUGAAUUUGCUGAUCGUGGAGAUCUUUGAUUCGCAAAAAAAGGAAGUUUCCAGGUUCCAGAAGCUUGCCACGAAUUUCUUUCGAGUGGUGUCUGUGGUCAUGAUCCCUGUUGCAGCAACAGUCCCCUCUUCCAUGGCCUUGUACUGGCUGGCCUCCAGCUCCGUGGGCCUCGGGCACAACCUGCUGCUGCGUUCCCCAGCCUUUCGGCGGCUCUGUUUGAUACCGAGGACCAAAUCCGACUCGGAUACUCCUUACAGGGAUAUUGUGUCUGCCUUGACCACCAGAUACAGCUUUAAGAAAUGAUGUGGUUUCAGCUGUCGGAGGAACUGUCCCACAGGUGUUGCAUGGGUGAUGAAGUAAUGGUGGCUUAUUGAGAUGUGCUUAUUUACUGUAAAAUGCUGCAGCUGGAAUGAUAUCUGUUUUCCAAAUAAAGUAUUGAGUAUCUGACUGUAACAAA